AUGGCAACUAGCAGCGGCAACGCGGUCACCCUCCGCAGCUCCGACGGCGAGGAGUUCGUUGUCCAAGCGGACACGAUCGCGGCGGCGUCGGCGCUAAUCAAGCACAUGCUGGAGGAGGACCGCGCCGGCGGCGUGAUACCGCUACCCCAGGUGACCGGCCGCAUCCUCGCCCGCGUCGUCGACUACUGCAACCGCCAUUACGCCGACGCCGACGCCGACGCAGCCGCGUACGCCAAUCCCUUCUCGUCGGGCGACCCCGACUUGGAGCGGUUCGACACCGACUUCGUCAGCGGCAUCGACCAGGACACGCUCUUCCUCCUCCUCCUUGCCGCCAAAGACCUCGACGUACAGGGGCUCCUGGACCUGGCGUGCAAGACGGUGGCCGACCAGAUGAGGGGCAAGACGGUCGAGGGCAUGCGCGCACACUUCGGCAUCGUCAAUGACUACACCCCGGAGGAGGAGGCUGCGCUCCGCAGGGAACUUUCAUGGGCGUUGGAGUAA